CCAUCUGCAGCGCUGCGCGGGCGGGAGGGUGUGCUUCCUGCAGUGUAUCACACUGGCUACUCAUCUGUCACAGCCAGCGAGCGAGCCCGGGAUCCUGAACUGUCCGAGGGCGAGCGUUUCAGGGGACCGGAAUAGAGCAGGAUGCAGAGCCCUGUCACAUCAUUUUUCUUGAAGACAUUCCAUUAUUGUUCUAUUGACCUUUCCCUCAUUCCUGAGUCCUUUGGAGUUGAUUAUGUCCACAGCUGCCUUAAUUACUUUGGUUAGAAGUGGUGGGAACCACGUGAGAAGGAGAGUGCUGCUAAGCUCCCGCCUACUGCAGGACGACAAACGGCUGACGCCUACCUGCCACAGCUCCACCUCAGAGCCUAGGUGUUCUCGGUUUGACCCGGAUGGUAGUGGGCGUCCGGCCACUUGGGAUAAUUUUGGGAUCUGGGAUAACCGCAUCGAUGAGCCCAUUCUGCUGCCGCCCAGCAUUAAGUACGGCAAGCCAAUUCCCAAAAUCAGCCUGGAAAACGUAGGCUGCGCCUCGCAUAUUGGCAAACGGAAAGAGAAUGAAGACCGAUUUGACAGCGCUCAGCUAACGGACGAGGUCCUGUACUUUGCCGUGUACGACGGGCACGGCGGACCUGCAGCUGCUGAUUUCUGCCACACUCACAUGGAGAAAUGCAUCAUGGAUUUGCUUCCUAAGGAGAAGAACUUGGAAACUGUGUUGACCUUGGCUUUUCUAGAACUAGAUAAAGCCUUUGCAAGGCAUGCCCACCUGUCUGCUGAUGCAACCCUUCUGACCUCUGGGACUACUGCAACAGUAGCCCUCGUGAGAGAUGGUAUUGAACUGGUUGUAGCCAGUGUUGGGGAUAGCCGGGCUAUUUUGUGUAGAAAAGGAAAACCCAUGAAGCUGACCAUUGACCAUACUCCAGAAAGAAAAGAUGAAAAAGAAAGGAUCAAGAAAUGUGGUGGUUUUGUGGCUUGGAAUAGUUUGGGACAGCCUCACGUGAAUGGCAGACUUGCAAUGACAAGGAGUCUUGGAGAUUUGGAUCUUAAAACCAGUGGUGUGAUAGCAGAACCAGAAACAAAGAGGGUUAAGCUACAUCAUGCCGAUGACAGCUUCCUGGUCCUCACUACAGAUGGAAUUAACUUCAUGGUGAAUAGUCAAGAGAUCUGUGACUUUGUCAAUCAGUGCCAUGAUCCCAAUGAAGCAGCCCAUGCAGUGAUUGAGCAGGCAAUACAGUAUGGUAGUGAAGAUAACAGUACUGCGGUAGUGGUGCCUUUUGGUGCCUGGGGGAAGUACAAGAACUCUGAAGUCAACUUUUCAUUCAGCAGAAGCUUUGCCUCCAGUGGACGAUGGGCCUGACCGCUUGCUGGGACUCUGAAUUUCUGUGAAACAGUUCUUCCCUGAGUAUGUCAAGAAACUUAGUAGACCAAACGCGUCAGCUGUGUCGGGGUGACUCUGUGACUCACUAGAUUAGUACACAGUGUAAAUGUCCUAACCGUCUACAUUGUAGUUUUUCAUAAGUAGCUGUCAUAUUUAUGUUCAGCUGUACAUACUCAGCAUAAAUAUGUGUGUCAUUCAGUUAUUGUGGGUCUCGAAGUUGAGUGAGCAAAUGAAAAGUGGUUUUGACACACUUGCUGAGUGUUACAGUUCUAAUUUUUAAAACUCUUAGGCAGCUAUGAGUUUCUUUUGAUCAUUUUUGUUCUUUAUUCAUUUGAACAGAUUCUCGC